CCGCACUCGGCCGGCAUUGCUUUCCGCGCUCCCGUGGCUGGUUUGCUCUCGGCACUGGAAUGCCUUAUGUAUACCGAACUAAACAGAUUGCCGCAUGACGGUGAAGGCCUAGGGGGAAGGAGCAGGCGAGGCCCGGAGAGCCCCGAAACGGACAUCCCUUCUCAAACCCAGCUUCCCUGUCGCCUAACAGGAGACGCGACCCCACACCCGCCCCGGGACGCCCCUAGGCCGUGCGCUGUCACGUGACCAACGGCGGCCCCCGCCCCCGCUCCGGGCUCGGACGCGCUGCAGCUCUCCUCGUUGCCGGGCAACCGGAUCACCGCUGGGGUGUUUGAGCCGCCCUGGAGGGUUUUCGCGCGGAGAAUUGGUUAAAUUCUGGUGUUUAGAGGGCAGCACCUUUGGGAUGUGCCAGGCGGGGCGUGAGUGCGGCCGAAGGACGCAGUCUGAAAAGGUAAAGGAGGAGGGGGGAAGAAUCCAGGAUUGGAGAAAGAAAGGAAAUUUGUGACUCGGAAAAAAGAUCCGAAGGUGAAGCCAGGCGUUGAGGACCAGAGGAAGCGGGGCGGCGUUCUGGACUCAGCGGUGGAGGACGGGGCUGUGAGUGUCUGGCCCCGGGGGCGGCGGGAGAAGGGCAGCGCUGGGCCCACGGAACGCAGAGCGAAGGCGCCGGGUUCUCCCGAGGUGCACUCCUGACCCGGACGUCCCUGUCGCCAUGGACCAGUACUGCAUCCUGGGUCGCAUCGGGGAGGGCGCCCACGGCAUCGUCUUCAAGGCCAAGCACGUGGAGACAGGGGAGAUAGUCGCCCUCAAGAAGGUGGCCCUGCGGCGGCUGGAGGAUGGCAUCCCCAACCAGGCUCUGCGGGAGAUCAAGGCUCUGCAGGAGAUGGAGGACAAUCAGUAUGUGAGUGUUAACUCACACCCACUGCCUCUCCCCAUUCCCAUGCUCCUUCAUUUAUCCAAGCACUUUUACUGCUUCCUGAGAUUCACUCCCUUUGUCAUUCACUUGCUUUGAUGACACAUUUGCUCCCCAGUUACUUCAUUCCCUCUCAUUUACCCACUUCUCUUUUCCUGUACUCAUUCUUUCAUUAUUCACUCAUUUAAUCUCUUAUUCUCAAAUCACUUAGAGAUUUCAAAGAAUAAUUAUAAUUAUUUUCACCGUUUAUUGAGCCCCUAAUAUAUUCUACAGCCUGUGUUAGAUGUUUUAUGUUCAUGUUUGUACUGAAUCCUCUUCUCUACUCUGCAAGGUAGGUUUGAGGAACUCUUUGUUUCGCAGAUGAGGGGAGGAGGUUAAGUCACCAGCUUAUGGACGCUUUGCUGGCUGGUGGGGGGGUUUGGCUUCAAGUCUGUUUGAGGAAUCCAUAUAUUCUUUCCACUGGGCCUUUAUCCUGUGCUGGGCUCAGGUGACACCAAGAGAAACCAGUCCCGACUCAGCUCCUCUGGUAGGCGAGAUAGGCAGAGGCAGUAGGGCCCACCUGCUGGGGUUCAUGCUGUGACGGAGGCCUUGAGAGAGGCUGUGGGAGGACGAGGAGGGAUAUCUUCCACCCUUAGCCUCAUUGCUCCAUGUCAGGAGCUAAGAAUGUAUCAGCUCCCUUGGGGAGUAAUAAGGUCGGGUCCCUGUGAUAUUCUUAUUCAUGUUCAUUAUCCCAUGGACAUGACCAUGAUACAUUGAAUGGCAAAAGCAUGCUGUAAAGCUGCAUGUGUCAUUCUGUUUUUUUGUAUGAAUAUAUUCUAUAUAUGAAUGUGAAUCUAUAUGUGCCAUAGCCAUGUUGUAAACUCUGACAGAACAUACUCAAAGAUUGACUCCAGGUGUUAGGAAUUUUUGUUGUUUUUAUAAUUUUGUGUAUUACCUGAAUAUGUGUAGUCUGAUCUGUAAAAUGAUUGAUUGUCUUACCCUGAAAAUCAGAAAAAGAGCAAUAAGCUCAUUCUCAUCUUCUGAGGAAAAUAAAAGGGCUUCCAGACAACCUUGUGUGGGAUAGGUGGAGAGGGACCCAUAGGAGGCUGGUGACAUGGUCCCUGCAUCCAGCUGACCAGCAAUCCUGAAAGUUCUGUCUUCAGAACAUAACUCCAAAUCCAACCCUGGUCCAGGCCAUCGUCACCACUCACCAGAAUGACUGUGGCUGGCUCUUCCCCCUGCUUCUGCUCCUGCCGCUACAGUCCAGAGGGAUUUGUUAAAGAUGGAAAUCAGAGCACUCUGCUGUAGGCACUCUCCUGCUUAAAAAGCCCCCAGUGGCUUCUCUUCACACUUAGAAGACUGUCACCAUCUGCUC